GACGAACCAUAUUUUGUACCUAUCGUAUAUCACCCAAUUGCAACUCACCGUGAGAAGGGCCUUUCCACAACGAGGAGGUACAACCGAUAAUUCUCCGCAUCAAAAGUGAAGUCUGGGCCUGUAGCCCUGGAGCCGCUCUGUCAAGUCCGCCAUCCUACCGUUAUCGACCCCACAUCGAUCUCAUAGCGUCUCGUAGACGCGGAAUCGGAAACACGUGUCGCGCGACCCUGGAGACAUUCCGUGCUAUAUAACAUAGUGGCCUUCCCUCUGUUCGUGUCCUUAUUGUACAACUACCUCGCCCACGUCUCUCUCUUCUGCUUGAAGCAGACCAUCAUACAUUACGAUCACUACAGAGCUUAAGGGAUCACUAUCCUAUUUCUCCAUCAAACAUACCCCCAUCCAUUAGCCGCAAUGGCACCCCAUCCGUUCAAGAAUCUCAGUGCUGAGGAGACUGGUGUCGCCCGUGACACAAUCCUCUCGCUGCACAAAGAUGUCCUGGUCAACUUUCGCGAGAUCUUCUUACAAGAGCCGGAGAAGGAAGUAAUGAAGGCUUACCUCGACGCCGAGCACGCAGCACAACCUGGCCAAUCGCCCACAUCAAAGAGGCCACCAAGGUUGGCUAAGGUCAUGUACGAUGUUAUUGGGAACGACCGUAUCCCAGAGUACAACGAGUCCAUCAUCGAUGUGGAGCAAAAGAAGCGCGUGAGGCACGAAAUUGUCGGAAAAGAGAAGGGACAGGCUAGCUUGACACUGUGGGAGUUCAAUGACUUGGUAGAAGCCUGCAAGAAGAGCGAGGAGUUCCAAAAGGCGGUUGCAGAGUUCCAGCUUCCCGAAGGGUUUGAGCUUGUGGUCGAGCCAUGGCCAUAUGGCGGACUCGACUUUGGCGCAGAGAAUCGCAGAUACUUCCAAGGUCUUUGUUUCGCCCAGGACACCCGGAAUGGCAACCCUGACUCCAACUUCUACGCAUAUCCGCUUCCUCUCAUCCCGGUCAUGGACGCUCACAAGAAGGAGAUUGUGCGCCUCGACCGCUUAGCAACUGGUGGAAAGGGAGACAGUCUCACGGGCAAGACACAUGCCCCUCGCAUUCUCGACCACUGCCAGUCCGCAGAGUACGUUCCUGAGCUUGUAGAAGGCGGUGUCCGCAAAGAUGUCAAGCCCAUCAACAUCACACAGCCCGAGGGUCCUUCCUUCAAAGUCACAGACGAAUCGCUCGUCGAGUGGCAAAAGUGGAGCUUCCGCGUCUCUUUCAACCCUCGUGAGGGUGCCGUACUUCACGACGUUCGUUACGAUGGCAGGAGCAUCAUGUACCGUAUGAGCAUCAGUGAGAUGACUGUCCCAUACGCCGAUGCCCGUCCACCUUUCCACCGCAAGCAGGCUUUCGACUUCGGUGACGGAGGCGCUGGUAACUGCGCCAACAACCUGUCCCUUGGCUGUGAUUGUCUCGGUGUGAUCAAGUACUUCGAUGCCGUUAUCGUCGGAAACGAUGGUGAGCCUAAGGCCCACCCCAAUGUUAUCUGUCUACACGAGCAGGACAACGGUAUCGGCUGGAAACACACCAACUGGAGGACCGGACGCGCUGUCGUUACCCGCAUGCGCGAGCUUGUUGUCCAGUUCAUCAUCACACUCGCCAACUACGAGUACGUCUUCGCCUAUAAGCUCGACACCGCAGGCGGCAUCACCCUCGAAGUCCGAGCCACCGGCAUCGUCUCGACCGUCAACAUCGACCCGGGCAAGACCUCCCUAUACGGCAACGUCGUCUCCGGCGGUGUCCUCGCCCAGAACCACCAGCACAUCUUCGCCGCGCGCUUCGACCCCGCCAUCGACGGGCACAAGAACACCGUCACGUACGAGGAAUCACUCCCAGCACCAUGGGACAAGGAAACAAACCCUAACGGUAACUUCUACGAGAUCCGUAAGACGGUCGUUAAUCGCUCGGCCGGUCUCGAUGCGAACCCGACAGACCACCGUGUGUUCAAGAUCAUCAACCAGGAGAAGAAGAACCCUCACAGCGGCAACCCCGUGGGCUACAAGUUCACUCCCCUCCCCACUCAGAAACUGCUCGCAGCACCGGGCUCCAUUCAGGCCCAGCGCGCGCUCUUCACAAACCACCAUGUCUGGGUGACAAAGUACCAGGACGACGAGCUGUACGCCGCCGGUCGCUUCACACUGCAGAGUCAGCUCGAGCAGGGCGGUGUGCACGACAUGGCCGCGCGCAAGGACGAGGUUGCCAACGAGGACUUGGUUAUUUGGAACGUGUUUGGUCUUACACACAACCCGCGUGUUGAGGACUGGCCGGUUAUGCCGUGUGAGAUCUACCAGCUGCACUACAAGCCUAGCGACUUCUUUGAUAGGAACCCGGCGAUUGACUUCCCGAGCCAGAAGAAUCAGGCGAGUGUGCUGGUUACGAAGGAUGGGGACUGCUGUGCGCAAAAGUUGUAAGCUUGGAUGAGGUAGAAUGUAGAUAGAGAUUGAGAUACCAGGUCGCUUUUGACCUUCAUGUUGCAUAACGAUAGCAUUUGAAAUUCAAUGGAGUUCAUG